AUGGCUGGGAUGACCGCUAAAAACUGCGCGUCGCUUAGGAACGGGUCCCCCCGCGCCAGCACUGCUGCUGCCGCCGCCGCUGCCGCUGUAGGAGCCGGCGCUGUUGCUGCUGCGGCUGACGAGAGAAACAAAGAUGAUGCUGAGGAUAGAGAUGAGGACGAGGAAAACGAUGAGGACGAGGAAAACGAUGAGGACGAGGAAAACGAUGAGGACGAGGAAAACGAUGAGGAAGAGGAAGCAGCAGCAGCAGCAGCAGCAGCUGAGGAGGAGGAGGAGGAGCUUCCAUUGGUGGAUCCCCAGCAGCACGUCCACUAG